AUGGCCUGUGAAUUUAAUUUGAACUUCCUUAAGGAAUUGGAACGAGAGGCUGUUCUGGAAGUCCUGUACCGGGAUGAGAUGGUGAGAAAAACAGAAGAAGAAAGAAUAAGGAAACUGAAACUGCAUCUACACCAGCUUCGGUGGAAAGGGGCAAAAAAUGUAAGCCAUGAAUAUCAGGAGAGGUCUUGUGCUCGCUGCCACAAAUCACUUGGGUUGUUGAUGAACAGGGGGGCAGUAUGCAAUGGCUGCAGUCAUCGAGUAUGCUCUGAAUGCCGUGUCUGCCUGAACCCCUGCCUUUGGAAAUGCACCAUUUGUUAUGCUCAUGGAGAUGUUAAAGUAAAGGCUGGAGAAUGGUUCUUUGAGGAACGAGCAAAGAAAUAUCCAGGUGAAGGCAGACAUGAAACAGCUGGUGCAAAGCUCUUGAAAUCUUACCAGAAACUGAGUAAAAUUUCUGUCAUACCUCCAACUCCACCUCCUUUCACACAAUCAACAGCAGGAACCAAUGUGAUGGAACUUGGAGAGUCUAAAAGGUUUAAUAAAUCUGUAGAAAACUUGUUUUUGUCUCUCACAACACAUAUAAAAAAAAUCUCAAAGUCCCAGAAUGAUAUGACUGACAGAUGUGUCCUAACCACAGACUGUGGGAAGAAUGUGGAAAGAAGGCGACAAAGAAGGAGCCAGUCUGACACUGCCAUCAACAUUACAAGCAAGAUGAAAAGUACACCCAGUCUGCAACAGCUCAUCACCGGGCCCCAAAAUGACAGUGAAAUUCUGACAAAGAGUAGUUGCAAGGAAGAAGAAGACAUAACAACCAGUGCCACAAGUGAUACAGUUUUCUGUGAUGGCAGAAAAUAUGGGAGUUUGUUUAGUCUUAACAGCACUUGCACUGAAUCUGGCAAUUUUGGCAAAGCUAAUGUCACAGGAGAAAUAGAGUUUGCCUUAAGAUACAUCUUCAGAGCUUGCAUCUUGGAAAUUUGCAUCAGGGGAUGCAAGAACCUGGCUUAUGGAGAAGAGAAGAAGAAAAAGUGUAACCCGUAUGUUAAGGUUUAUUUACUUCCUGAUAAAUCUCCUCGGAGUAAACGAAAGACAGCUGUCAAAAAGAGCACAGUGGAUCCAGAGUUUGAUGAGACUUUGAAGUACAAGAUUGAAUACUCCCAGCUGCGAAGUCGGCAACUUCAGAUCUCUGUGUGGCAUGCAGGAGCACUCAAAUACAGGGUGUUUUUGGGGGAAGUAGUGAUUCCACUGGCAGCAUGGAAUUUUGAAGAGGACUCAGUGCAGUUGUUUGACUGGUAUCAACUCAAGCCCAAGCUUGAAAAGCCUGAAGAUGAUCUUACCCUGUACAGCGGUGAACUCCUCUUGUCUGCAAGACUCUUGGUACCAACCCAGUGUAAAAAUUUCCAGGAAAAAGUGGAAGGUACUCCUUUUUCAGGAAACAAAGACCAAGGAGUUCCCAACUGCCAGCUCCAGGUUAUGAUAUUUGGGGCUAAGAACUUGCCCAUGCUGAGAUCUGCUGGAAUGUUGAACUCCUUUGUUAAAGGUUGUCUUAUCCUUCCAAACCAAGCAGAGGUAAGGCAAAAGUCUCCUGUCCUGAAGAAAGAAGCCUGUCCUCAGUGGAAACACUUGUUUGUCUUUGAUGGUGUGACCCCAGCUCAGCUACAGCAAUCUUGUCUACACUUGACUGUCUGGGACAAGUCAGCUUUCAGCUCAAGUGAUCAGUUCCUAGGAGGAGCCAAGCUUGGUGCAAAGGAGCUGUUUGGCUCUACAGACCUUGUUUCUCAUUCAAUACUCCCAUGGCAGGAAGUGCUCUGCAACCCAAACAUGUGGAUGGACUUCACACUUGUACUACAUUCAAAUAAGGAAAACUUUAAAUCAUGAGAGAUUAUCACACAACAAC